AUGGGGCGCGCACUCGAGGACGAUGACGAAUGCUUUCCCAGAGGAAAAGCGCCUCUUGCAAAACCUCUCGCAAAGUCUCCCGCGAAGCUUCCCACACCCCGGCCUGCAAAACCCCGCAAGGCCGCAGAAGCCAGCCAUGCCGUGACGGACGGGGACAGGGUUUUAGACGGCGAGGGUUUUGUUGGUGAUGAAGGAAAGAAAAUCAAAACCCCGGAUAAGAAGGGGAAAGCUAAGAUUGAGCGUGGAGAGGGAGGAGCAAAGGAUCGAAAGCGGGCUCGUGAGGAGAUCGCACCAGUAGAGACGGAAGUAUCUGGAGAAAGGCCGAAAAGAUAUGGAGAGCCUGGGAAAAAGUCCGACGAGUCGAAAAAAGCGCAGGCGCGAGGAGAGGGGAAAGCAGUGGCGGAGGGGAAGAAGAAUAAGCGGAAGAAGGGAGCGGGUGGGGCGGUAAAGCAGGGGGUGAGCGUGCUAGAGGAAUGGGUGGAAGAAGAGGAGGACAUCGGCGCGCAGAUCGCGCUUGCGAGAGCUGAGGAAGCUGCGAAAAAGGAGGCGGAGGAGGUUAAGAGGCGUCUGGGAGAUAAGGAGAGCAUGGCGACGAGUGUGAAGGGCUUUACCGCUCAGGACGCCACGCCAGGGAUGCAGCUGUGGGGCUGUGUUGCAGAGGUCACCUCGUCCGGCCUCCUUAUCAGCCUGCCACAUGGCGUGUUCGGAUUUGCUGACGUGGCAGAAGUAUCUGAUCAGAUAUCGGGUUGUUUAGGGAAGGCGGAACGGGGUGAGGCGGUGGAUUGGGGGCAGGAGGAUGAGGAGAUGAAGGAGGAAGGGGAGGAGGAGCAGGAGGAGGGGGAGGAGGGGGAGGAAGGAGCAGGAGGCGAGAGCAUCAAGCAGAAGUCUCCCCACGCACGAGCAGCAGAGUGGAUGGCGCGCAUAUUCACUCAGGGCCAGCUUGUUCCCUGCACUGUGCUCCCCGCCGCCGCUGCUGCUUCCGCCGCUGCUGGUGCUGCUGGUGGUAGUGGUGCCGGUGCUGCUGCGGCGGGGGCGGGAGUGGCAGCAGCGCUGGCAGAAGUGGCGGUGUCGGUGCGUCUGUCUCGCGUCCAGGGCCCAGUCGUGCGCUUCAAGAGCGUGCCUGCACACACGGAGCUAUGGGCGGCAGUGGAGAGUGUGGAGGAGCAUGGGCUCAUCCUGUCCUUUGGCCUGCGCACCAUCACUGCCUUCCUGCCCUUCACCCAAUUCACCCAACGAUUCCCUGGAGUGACAUUCCGCAAGGGGCAGCUGUUGCCAGUGCCGGUGGUGGUGGAGGGGCGGGACAAGGCACACAAGACGCUCACAGUCUCGCUCGAACCCACCCCUGCCACUGGCAAGGCUGCACAAGCACACACGCCAGCACCACCAGCAGUGGCAGCAGGAGGGGAGGGCGGGGAGGGCGAGGAGGAGGGGGGUGUGGCGGUGCUACCGGGGCAGCUGGUGCAGGGCAAGGUGCUGCACGUGAUGCAGGAUGGAUCCAUGGCUGUGGGUCUUCCCACCGCCACUGCAUGGGUGCAUCCAUUGAACCUACCCCGUCCGCUGCUCUCCCGUGACCAGUGCCUGCCAUCUUCCCCAUCGCUGCCACGGUGCGUUCCGUUCCCUCCCUGUUCCAUAACUUCCCUCCCUCUCCGCCCAAUCGCCUCCCUCCAGGUGCACCCGUUGAACCUACCCCGUCCGCUGCUCUCCCUGGACCAGUGCCUGGCCAUCUUCCCCAUCGGCGCCACGGUCAAAGCUCGUGUGCUCUUUUGCACUCAUGGCGCAUCAGGAACAGCAGCAGCAAGCAGCAGCAGCAGCAACAGCGCACAGGGUGCUGCUGACCCCAAGGUGGUGGUUCCUACCAUAGCACUCUCUCUCAGCUCAUCGCUCCUCCGCGCCACCACGCCCUCCAUUGAGUGGCAAGCGUCCCCCUCCGCCCCUCCAACCAAGGUGCUUCCAGGCUCUCUCUUCCCCGCUGCUGUUGUCGAGCGCAUUUACCCUGGGCUGGGCGUGCUGCUGCGACUGGGAGGUGGGGAAAAGGAGAAGAAGGAGAAGGGGGACGAGCAGGGGAAGCAAGGGAAGAAGCAGGGGGCGAAGGAGAGGAAGAAGCAGUUGGGCAAGGCCGCAUAUGCACUUGUUCAUCUGCGCCAGCUCUCUGCAUCCGGGGCACCCGCCAUCCCAGCGCAUGUGGCGGAGGGCAAGCAAGUGUGUGCGCGCGUGCUGCACCUCUGCCCCUCCGACGGACUCGCCAUCGCGUCCCUCAAGGGCAUGGCCGUGAAAACAACACUCUCCCCGGCAGGCGUGCAGGCGGGCAAGCUGGUAACAGGCACAGUGGUGGCGGUGGCAGCAGAGGGCGUGCGAGUGCAGCUGGCGUUUGAGCAGUGGGGGUGGUGCCCUCGCGCACACAUGAGCGAGGGCAGGGGCACGCACCGGGACGACGCCGCCUUUAAUCCAGGGGCGUCGCUGCAGUUCCGUGUGCUGCGCCAGGGGGAGGGCCCCGAGGGACCUGUGCUGCUCACCCACAAGAAAACACUGGUGUCUUCCAAACUUCCUGUUCUGACGAGCCCGUCGCAAGCGACGGCGGGUGUGUGCACGCACGGGUGGGUGGAGGCACUGACAAAGGGCACGUGCACCGUGCACUUCUAUGGGGACUUCUCCGCAACCAUCCACAGGGAGCAAGAGGAGCAGGGGGGGGGGAAGGUGACCCCCUGGACGUCACUGCACGUGGGGCAGGUGCUGCGCUGCUUCGCCCUGCCCUCUGCUGACGCCGCCCACCCGGCCUUCUCCCUGCACUCGCCUUCAACGCCCUUCAGCAACCACACGACACUAUUCCCGCCAUCCUCUUCCCCCCACGCCACGCCUCCCCCCCGUGCACUCCCCAACGCGCUGCACGCGGUGGGGUCGGUCAUUCCGGAAGCUCCUGUGGUGCGCCGGGACGCCCACUCGCUCGUGCUCGCUCUGCCUGCUGCCAACGGCGUGCAGGAGGCCGUCAUGGCUGUUGAGCACCUCGCAGACCAACCAGGGAAAAGUGUUGUCAUGUGCGGCGGAGUUGCUAGCAUCACUGCGGCCGGGUUCAAGGCUGGGGCCGCUGCUCGUGCUUUCCCUGUGGCAUGGCCGCACGCCUAUCGCGUUUGUGACAGGAGUGAGGGCAGAUGGGGCGUGCAGUGUGCAGCUAGCAGAUGGCACCACGGCCGUCUCCCUGCCCUUCUCCCCCACCCCUGCUGCCCUCGCCACUCUGCGCCCUGCCCUCUCUCGUCCCUCCCGAUCCCUUCCCAUUCUUUCAUCAUCUCUCUUUUUCACCUCACCUUCUCAACCGUCAUCUGGCUCACCCAUCCCCCCCUCCUCCCUUCCCCUUGUGCUCCUGUCUCGCCCCGGCUCACUCUCUCUCACUCUCUCUCUCGUCCUCCCGUCUAUCUGCAGGUGCCAGGCGUCCCUGCGUCACCAUCGCCUGCUGUCUUCUUCUCCCUGGGCCAGACCGUUCGGGCCAAGAUACUUAAGGUGGGUGUGCUGGUGCUCGUGCUCGUUUGCGUCACAGCCCCUGCAGGUGGCUCUCGACCCUUUCCUCUGCGCGUGGAUGGGCCAGCAGUGGUGCCGGGCAUGGCCGUGGAAGGCACCACUGCCGGCCCCAUCACACACAGCAACUCACAACCCCCUUCUUCACCCGAACUUCCCCACGCUCUGCAGGCGUCACAGCCCCUGCAGGUGGCUCUCGACCCUUUCCUCUGCGCAUCGCACGACGGCUCGUUUGCAUCGUCGCUGCUGCAGCAGGAGCGCACGGCAGCACGGCUGGCAGAGCAGCAGGAGCAGCCGUGGAUGGGGGCGGUGGUUCCGGGCAUGGCUGUGGAAGGCACUGUGCUGGUCAAACACGAGGGCGCCAUGGGAGCGGGAGGAGGAGGAGGAGGAGGGGGAGGGGAAAGAGGGGGAGGGAGGCAUGGAGGGGACUCGUGGACUGUGUCUCUAGUCAGUCCCGAUGUGCUCAAGGGAGUGACGGCGGUUGUUCCCGCUGACCUUGCAUCCAAACCGCUUACUCUAGGGGAGCGAGUCUCAGGGCGAGUGGUGGACGUGGGAGGAGCAGCAGGGCAUGUGGUGCUAGCAGUGGGGGACAUUGCUGCUCCGCAGGCCAAGAGUGGGAGCGCGGGCCAAGUGGUGCUGGCGAAGGGGACGAGGCUGCUGGUGCGAGUGCUGCUCAGCACUCCACACUAUGCGGUCGUUGCACUGCCCGCCUGCUACACUGUGCCGGCAACCACGGGCCAAUUGCAAGCAGCCACGUCAGCGCCCCUGCUGGCGACUCUGGCAGGGGGCGACUUCAACCUGCCCCACGUGGACGUCCCUCGGUUGUACCUCCCUGGACAGAUUGCUGCAGCAGCUCUUGUGGCGCUCCCUUCACCACAGACAGGUGGCAGGAUCGUACUGGCUCGGGAUGAGCUGGUUUCCUUCACCCAUCCUUCCUCAGGCCCCACCGCCACCACUGCUGCUGCUGCCGCUCCUCCUGCUGCUUCUGCUGCUCCUGCAGCCUCUUCCGCACUCACUGACCGUACACCUGCUGCCACUGCCACUGCCACAGCCACUGCUGCUGCCCCUACGGCGUGCACCGCCACUAGUGUGUGGCAGCGCCGCUACGCGCAGCUGCGCCUGCUGGUGGCGGCGGUGGUACAGGGGGAGGUGCACCCUGCCACUGCCUCCUCUGCCGAGCUGGCUCUCGUGGAUCUUGGCGGAGGGGUUUCCGCCAUUCUGCGUGCCUCCCAGGCCCUGCUGGUGGCGGCGGUGGUACAGGGGGAGGUGCACCCUGCCACUGCCUCCUCUGCUGGGCUGGCUCUCGUGGAUCUUGGCGGAGGGGUUUCCGCCAUUCUGCGUGCCUCCCAGGUACCCUGCCGUUCCCUUCACCACCUGUGUUCUCUGCAUCCUCUCUGCCCCCUCUUCCCCCCACCCUUCCCCCCCUCGUCUCCCCCUCGUCCCCCCACUUCCACCCCUCCCUUCCCCCCCCCCCUUCCCCCCCCCUUUCCCCCCCCCCCUUACCCCCCUUCUUCCCCCUCUCCCUCCCCUUCCCCCCUUUUUCCACCCUUUCCCCCCCUCUUCCCCCCUUCUCCCUUGUGGGACAUCAUUAAAGCCCGGGUAGACAAAGUGCUGCUGAGCGCUGCAGCUGCUGCUGCCGUGCAAGGGAAGGGGCAGGGCGGUGGGCAGGGGCAGAAGCAGGGGAAGGGGAAGGGGAAGGAGGAGUUGAGUGAGGAGGAGCGGCGAGUGGUGGAGGAGAGAGGAAUGUGUGUGCUGAUCAAGGGAGCCGUGGUGAUGGUGCAUGGAGGGGGGGAGAGGGUAGGGGAGGCUGUGGAGAGAACGAAGGGUGGGAAGGGUGAGAGGGGGGAGAAGGGUGAGAAGGUUGAGAAGGGUAAGAAGGGGGAAAGAGGGGGUUUGGAGGGUGGGGAAGCGGAGAAGGCGAGGGGGAAGGUGCUUGAUGCAAUGAGUGACGACGAGGAGAAUGAUUCUGCAGGGGAUGAAGAGUAUGAAGAGGAUGAAGAGGAGGAAGAGGAGAUGGAGGUGGAUGAGGAGGAUGAGGAGGAUGUUAGUGAUGAAGAGAAGGAGGGGGGCAAUGGUGAUGGUGGUGAUGCUGAGGAGGAGGAUGAGGAUGAGGAGGAGGUUGCACCGCUGCCUGUGGCAGUGCGUGGUGCUGGUCUGGCAGGAAGAAAGCGGUUACCAGCAGAGGAGGAGCGGGCGAUACAGGAGGCGGAGCAGAGGAGGGUGAAGGGGCAGCAGGCGCCGGAGACAGAGGCGGAGUUUGAGCAGCUGCUGCUGGCGUCCCCCAACAGCUCCUUCCUCUGGAUCAAGUUCAUGGCCUUCCUGCUCUCGCUCUCUGAGAUCGACAAGGCCAGGGCCGUUGCUGAGAGAGCGCUGAAGAGCAUCAGCUACAGGGAGGAAGGGGAGAAGCUCAACAUCUGGGUGGCGUACCUCAAUCUCGAGAACAUGCACGGCAACCCACCCAAGGAGGCGGUGCUGGCGCUGUUCCAGCGCGGCCUGGCGUACACGGACCCAAAGAAGCUGCACGUGGCGCUGCUGGGCGUGUUUGAGCGCAGCCAGCAGCACGACAUGGCGGACACGCUGCUGCACUCCAUGGCCAAGAAGUUCAGCACCUCCGCCAAGGUGUGGCUGCGCUACAUCCAGAACCAGCUCAGCCGCGGGCUGGAGGAAGGCGCGAGGAAACUGCUGGAGCGGGCGCUCACUGUGCUGCCGCAGAGAAAGCACAUCAAGGUGAUAUCCCAGGCAGCGCUGAUGGAGUAUCGCAUUGGAUCGCAGGAGAGGGGCAGGACGCUGUUUGAGAACAUUCUCCGGAACUUCCCCAAGCGCACUGACCUCUGGAUCACUUACAUCGACCAGGAGGUGCGGAUGGGGGAUAUGGCGGCAGUGAGGCGGCUGUUUGAGCGAGUCGUAUCACUGGAUCUCCCACCCAAGAAAAUGAAGUCACUGCUGAAGAAGUAUCUGGACUUUGAGACGGCGCAUGGCACGCAGGAGCAGGUGGCGCAUGUGAAGGCGCGUGCCGUGGAGUAUGUGCAGCGCCGCAUGGGCGCAGGGGGGCAUGCUUGA